AUGUCUUCUUUUACUUCUAAAUUAGUACUAGCUCUUAUAGUUAGUGCUUUUGCUGUUGCAACUGCAGGUACUAUUGACGAAAAUUUUGAAAUAACAUGGGGUGAAGGCAGAGCAAAGAUGCUAAAUAAUGGAGAGCUUCUAACUCUCUCACUUGACAAAAUCUCAGGCUCAGGUUUUCAAUCCAAGAAUGAAUAUCUCUUUGGUAAAAUAGACAUGCAGCUCAAACUUGUCCCUGGCAACUCUGCUGGCACUGUCACUGCUUACUAUUUGUCAUCGCAAGGACCAACACAUGAUGAGAUAGAUUUUGAAUUCUUGGGAAAUCUAAGUGGUGAUCCUUAUACUUUACAUACUAAUGUAUUUAGCCAAGGCAAAGGCAACAGAGAGCAACAAUUCCAUCUUUGGUUUGACCCUACUGCUGAUUUUCACACUUAUUCCAUCCUCUGGAAUCCACAACGCAUUAUAUUUUAUGUGGAUGGAACACCAAUUAGAGAAUACAAAAAU